AUGAUCUUGGGCUUCAACACACAGGUCUCCCCAAGCGCUGAACGGACCGCCAAAGAGCGGGGCAUCGAGAUCCAGAACUUCAAGGUGAUUUACGAGCUGAAAGACACCGUGGUGGCCGCUCUGGAGGGUGAUUUGAACCAGGAAGAAGAGCUGAUUGAAAAGGGCAUCGCAGAAAUCAAGGCCGUCUUCAAUGGCCGGGAUGGGAAAGUGGCAGGCGCUGAAGUCCUGGAGGGGCAGUUCACCAAGGGACAGCGAGUCCAUGUGAUCCGCAAGGGGAAGAAAGUGGGUGAAGGGAAGAUCCGAACCCUGCGUAGAUUUAAGGAAGAAGUGACGGACGUGGAUGAAGGCAAUGAGUGCGGCUUUAACUUGGACGGCUUCGAGGACUUCAACGCGGGCGACGAAGCCCGGUGCUUCGAGGUGAGGCUCGUGAGUCCAGAGCUGGUGAAGCGCUAG